CAAGUCAUUCUCCGGAUCUCGGUUCAUUCAGGGCAGAAGAGGCUAAACUGUUGUGUGCGGAUCUUUUCUACGCUGCUUGUUUUUCGGCCGGUUACGAGCCAUAGUGCUGAAUCAUCAAUCUAGUCGCGUUGUUCGUGCAUCGUUUCAGCGUGUUAGUGUGUGAUAAACAAGCGUGUGUUGAAUUCGCUUUCGGAAUCCCCUGGUGAAGAAUGCUGAAGAAGGAGAAGCCGAUGCUGAGUGUAGCGGCGAUCAUCCAGGCCCAGGGGCGGUGGGAUCGAACACUGCCACUGGCAGGGUUGGCAGGUUUCGAUGCCACCCUCGUUGGUCACAUGGGCCCGCUGUCGCCUCAAGACAUGAAACCAGAUCUCAAACCGGAUAUAUCGCUGCUGAAUGGAAGCGUAGGUCCCUUCUCGCCCGGCAACAACUGCGGCCCGGCCAGCCCGGGAGCAUUCAAUCAACAGGUCGCGGCAGCCCUUCAGCAACAGCAACAGAAUGUCAACAGUCUCAACAGUCAGCAGCAAAAUUCCGGGGGUGGAGGCGGCGGCGGUGGUGGUGGACCCACAACUCCCACCAACAUGAGCCAACAGUAUCCGCCAAAUCACCCGCUCAGUGGUUCCAAGCAUUUGUGUUCGAUCUGCGGCGAUCGGGCCAGUGGAAAGCACUACGGUGUCUAUAGCUGUGAAGGAUGCAAAGGAUUCUUCAAACGGACGGUACGGAAAGACUUGUCCUAUGCAUGUCGAGAGGACAAAAACUGUACGAUAGACAAACGCCAAAGAAACCGCUGUCAGUACUGCCGAUAUCAAAAGUGUCUCAUGUGCGGCAUGAAGCGGGAAGCCGUCCAAGAGGAGCGGCAGCGAAGUUCGAAGUUUUCCAUCAAGAGUGAAGAAAUAAACUCGACCAGCUCGGUGCGUGACGUGACCAUCGAGCGAAUCCAUGAGGCUGAACAGCUGAGCGAACAGAAGAGCGGUGAUAAUGCGAUCCCGUACCUCCGGGUCGGAUCCAACUCGAUGAUUCCUCCGGAGUACAAGGGAGCCGUAUCGCACCUUUGCCAGAUGGUAAACAAGCAGAUCUACCAGCUGAUAGACUUUGCCCGACGGUUGCCCCACUUUACCAAUCUCCACCGGGACGAUCAGGUGAUGUUACUACGAUGCGGAUGGAACGAGAUGCUCAUCGCUGCCGUUGCCUGGAGAAGUAUGGAGUACAUUGAAACCGAACGCUCGUCUGAUGGCAGCCGGGUGACGGUCCGACAGCCUCAGCUCAUGUGCUUAGGACCGAACUUUACCCUGCACCGGAACAGUGCCCAGCAGGCUGGGGUUGACACGCUGUUCGAUCGUAUCCUUUGUGAGCUCGGAAUCAAAAUGAAAAGACUGGACGUGACCCGAGCUGAGCUUGGAGUUCUCAAAGCUAUCAUACUGUUUAAUCCCGGGCCAGAGGACGUACUGCUGUUCAACAGUUCCAAUGGUCUGUACCAGCAGUCGGUGACGCUAACCGCCCGGAUGUAUCCGAUUGAGGCCACCGCGGCAAAGUCAAUCUGGGGCCUACCGACGCUGAUCUGGGGUAUCCUGAUCGGGACCAUUGUGAUACUGAUCAUCAUCCUAGCGACACUCUUCUUCUGCUGUUGGCUACAACCGCGAACCCGGAAGCUACUCAGCUCGAGCUACUACACCGGGAGCAGUGUAUCGCACAACUCGAUUGUGCCCAAGUCGCAAACGAGUGAUUCGAAUCAGCUAGUAAUGCCCUUGUCCAUCGGGAUAUGUCCACCACAGUAUAGUGCACCUCCUCCCCCGACGAGCAACAGCGGCAACAGCAACACUCACCAGCAAAACUGCACGGCAGUAACAUCGAGCGGUAUUCCAUGUCAUCCUGCUGGAGGCAGUGCCGGUAGCAGCGCCGGACACCACGGCAAGUACGGCAGCUCACCGCAGUACUCGCACACGUAUCAUCAACAGCAGCAACAGUUUCAGCAUCAUCAUCAAUGCAUUCAUCAUCAGCAACAGCAGCAACAGCAGCAGCAGCAGCAGCAACAACAUCAGCAACAGCAACAGUAUCACGCUCACUACGCCCACUUACAACAACAGCAACAACAGCAGGGUAGUCAGUACGCGCAUCAGCAGCAAACUCUUCAGCAGUACUACAAUCAACAGCAGCAGCAGCAACAACAGCAGCAGCAACAUCAACAUCAGCAAAUAACGCAGUACAUUCAUCCUACCCAGCAGCAAGCUCUUCAACAGCAACAAAGGGAACAUCAAAUUCAGCAGCAUCACUAUCACCAUCAACAGCAACAGCAGCAGCAGCAGCAACAACAGCAGCAGCAACAGCAACAUCAGCAUCACCAUCAGCAACAGCGGGGACAAUUGGUGCAUCACAAAUCCAUGUGGGCAAUUAAUCCGCUCUACGCAUCCAGUGGGGUGAUCAACGACAGCAUCGUGGGAAGUGGUGACGGAAAUGAUGAGGACAGUGGCAACACAUCCUACCGGACACGAUCACUGCCAUCGUGGGGCAAAAACAAGCAACGGCCACUGUCCAACGCGGAUGACCUGGAGGAACUGUACGCCAAGGUGAAUUUCAGCAAAAAGCGCCGCAACCGGAUGCGGAACGACGAAGCGGCCAUCAUUGCCCUGUGCCGAUCGCGGUCGCAGAAUCUCUCGGCUCUUCCGCUUGCAGACCAGGACGCGGUCGUAAUUUACGACGAACGGACGGCUCUAUAGACCGAAGAAAACAAUACCACACGAGGACGAGGCCGACACCGGGCAUCGAGUUUUAAGGUAAACCUACUAUGACGGUAAGCGGUAGAAACGAAUACGUUUUUCUUUUGGUGUAGACAUGUUGGAUCUACAGCGGCUUUUUAGCGAAAAGAGAAACUUAAACUAAUAAUCAUUAAAUUACUAAACAUUAGCAUUCGCAGAAAGCUCAUCACAGCAGAACUUAGUUUCUUCUUACACCAGGUUCAGGUAAUGGGUAUGACUGGUAAAAACAGUUUUUACCAGUUAUCUACGUACCAUGCAGUGACUUAUGUGAAGAACGAAACCCGUUUUAUAGGCAUACUUUUUGUGCGAUCGGAUAUUGCAAACAUUAUUACGCAAAUUAUUUAGGAAAAUUGAUCAUUGUUGGCGUUUGUUCCCUUGGCAAAAAAAAAACGUAAUCGAGCUCUUAUUAUUGAAACAAAACUUCUUUAAAAACGAAAAAAAAAUCAUAUUUUUGCAACUGUAGGAAAUAUUCUCCUAACAAAACACAAAACUCAAGCUUAAACGUUAGUCGUUAAAAAUCAACCUUUGACGAAAUAAAAAAAAACCCCCCUAAAGCAAAUAUCAUCCAAUCGAGAGAAUGUAAAUAUUGUUAUUUAUACAAGAAAUUGACAUAUUUCGACUAUUGAACUAAGUAAAACAUAACGUUUACAAAGACUGAUAGAUUUCCCCAUUAUAGAAAAGAGAAACCAAACUAGUAUUACUAUUCCAUCGAGACAAAAUCGGAAACCGGACAAACCGAAAACUGUGGGUGAACUAAACGAACUAGGAAAAUGCGACGACAUCCCCAUUUUUACAAACAAAUUGUAUCUUUAAACUUUUAAAUAACCCAACCUAGUACUGCUCACACUGAAGGAAAAAAAUCGAUCUAUUUAAGCCUAAACCCAUAUAUAUAUACAUCAUUUCCUCGAUAGUUCCAGACGAUCUUUCGGUGUUCGUAAAACUGGCCGCAUUCAAUUCGGACUCUAUACCUACGCGUUCUUCCUAGAGGAACGCGAGCGUGCAAUGUAUAAACGUUUUUAGUCAAAUCCGGCGAAAUUUGAACGUCAUUUCAAUUAGUGCGAUAUAUGUAGUAAAAUUGGCAACGGUGUACUAAGGGAGGCAAAACAAAGAUUGUUCGUUCCUUUCGGCCAUAUUAGUUGAAUUAGGUACUAGAUUUAGGCGACUAUGUAGUCAAAGCGGUAUCUCUCGUUAAGCGGUGUGGAAGUCAUAAAAUGAUUCAACAACUUCUAUUUGGAAACAAUCAGCAGUGCAGGAUUGGGACGGUUUAAGUUUGCUGGCAACAAAGACGAGUUAAACAAACAGAUUGUUGGAUAAGCUUUUAAGCUUUGCUUUAGGUACAGACAGUUGGGAUCAGCCUAGAAGGUGAUGAGAAAGGCAGCACGCAGUACAGGAAACGAAAUGACCGGAUUGUUUAUAGUGAAACAGAUUUGGA